AUGUCAGAUACUAAGAAGGAGGAGGAGUUUAAGGUGACGCUUGUUUGUUCGGACGGGGUGUCCAUCGAUGCCAAGUCCUUCGCCAAGGAGUCUCCAACUGUACGUGACGCUUACGAGUAUCAUUUCAAAAAGUUGGAACUCGAAGGCCAAAGCGACAUCAUUUAUAAGGCUCGUGAAUAUUGCGAGGGACGUGCAAAGAUCAGGAACGUUCCUGCCAGUAGUGAUGAUACUAUGGUCCUACAGAAGUUGGAUGCUUUCAAUUCCGAAUUUCUCAAACGCAAUAAGACCGAUGCUAUUCAUCUUAUCAUUGCUGCUUGUUAUUUAGACAUACAAAGCCUCAUGGAGCUGCUGAUGGAAGAGGUUGUUGACAUGCUCACCAAGAUGACCGCUGAUGAGAUUUACGGCAUAUUCCACGUCAAUUUGAGAAAGUAUAAUUACUAUAAAUUUGAAGCCAUGGUAUAUUGCCUCUAUGAUAUCGGGAAGGUUUUUGAUUGA